AUGGUUUCAACACAUAAUAAUCCAUGGGCUAAAAGAGAUGCUUGGAGGUACGAAGGUCAAUUCAGUAGGUUGAACAGGUUUAGAAAUGCGUUCCCAGGUCUUGGUAUAGCUAUUGUUGCGUUCACCGCUUAUGUGGGUUUUGAAAAAUUGGUGUUAAAGAAAGGAGGUGAUGAACACGGACAUGAACACGAGGAACAUCACUAG